CUUCAGCUUCUGUUGUUGAUUGUUUGCGGUUGCAUUUGCUCGCCGCCGCAAAUCACGCAAACCGAUUGAGUGAGAAUAGCCGGCAGGCAUUGCAGUUUUGCACUAAAAAAGCGAAAAAGGCAAAAAACGCAAAAGCUUCAAAAUCACAGCAAACGAACGCAGCACACAAAAAAAACUGAGACAAUCGCGCAACAAACCGUCAAUAAAAAACGUUGACAACAAAAGUCCAACGACGUGCUGUAAAACGUUCGUCUUUUGUGCAUAAAAACACAAAAAGCUGAAAUAUUCUAAACUCCAAAGUUAAAUAUCAACAUCAACGUCCUGUGUAUUUUGUUCGCGAUUCACUCAACGGCCAACAUGGCGGGUAAUAUCGUCAAAUGGUGGAAACAUAAAAUACUUGGUGGCUAUAAACAAUUUUCAGUUCAAGAAUGCACCACCGACUCGGAGGAGCUCAUGUACCAUCAGGUGCGCGCCUCUUCUUCCUGCAGUGCUCCACCCGAUUUGCUCAUGGUUAGUGAUCGUGAAAAUAAUAUACCGUUACGUUCACCUGUAGUCAAUAUAAUUGCAACGAAGACCACAACGGGGGCAACAACAACAACAACGGCAACAGCCAAUCACAGCAGUGGCGGCGGCGGUGGCGUGGUGCAAAAACAUCAUCAACAGCAUACUACAGGGCAACAGCAGCCACAACAACAGACACACAGAGAACAUCAACACCAGCAACAUUGUUCAAAAGAUGGUAAACAACAUCUGAAAUUGAGUAGCAAAAGUGCUGCUGCAAGUAAAUUUGUAAGCGUGCAGCAACAGUUGGCCGUUGCAAGCCAGCAGUCGCAGCAGCAACAGCAACAACAGGAUGAGAUUGAUGGCCAACAACAGACAGCGCAUCAGCAGCGGCACUCCUCACAUCAGCAUGGCGGCGGUGGCAACAAGGAGGAGCGCAUACGGUUGGAGGAGUUCACUUGCGACGUUUCCGUCGAGGGUGGCAAAUCCACACAACCACUACAGUUUUCCUUCACCUUCUACGACCUCGACGGCCAUCAUGGCAAAAUCACAAAGGAUGACAUUGUCGGCAUCGUCUACACAAUAUACGAAUCGAUCGGCAAGUCAGUGGUGGUGCCGCACUGUGGCAGCAAAACAAUCAACGUCCGCCUCACUGUCAGCCCCGAGGGCAAAUCAAAAUCAGCCGCAGCCGCCGCCGCCGCCGCUGCAACAACUGGUGGUGGUGGUGGCGGCAAGUUGAAAAAGAUGGCCAACGGCGCCGGUACUGGUGCUGGCAUAUUGGAGACAGCGACAAAGACAAACGCCAGUCACAGCGGACAUGGUCAUACACGUCGUCAGCAUCGCUAUCGGCCGCGCAAACUAAUUAAAUCGGAUGAUGAGGACGAUGACAGUAACAGUGACAAGGAAAAGGAAGCGCCGACAACUACAAGUGCCGCUGCAGCUGCUGCCUUGGCGGUUAACAACAGUGUGGGUGGUGGCGCAGUGGGAACGGCGGCGAUGGCAGCCACAACUGCAGGCGGCAAAUCAAAAAGUCAUUCCAGCGCCAGCAAGUACAAUAAAAUGAAGGCCUCAGCCGCGGCGGCAGCGGAGCAGCAGCAAUUGUGGUAUCAGCAGCAGCAGCAACAACAACAAGAGAUGGAGGGAAAUGCGGCAGACCAAGAGCAACAGCAAACACCACCACACAUCGUUGCUUCCGCUACUGGUGCUAGUGCUGAUACGACGGGCAUUUACCCACACGAGAAUCUCUAUGAGAAUAUGACUACAGCGAAUCUCAAAUGUUGCACGAAGGAUGCACCAUUGCUGAAAGUGGAAGAUUGUCGCGGCUGUGAGGCGACAACGACGACGACCACGUCAGUUGUGGCGAGUGGCGGUGCACUGCCACUUACGACGACCGGCUAUGGGCGCUUACCAACGGAUGUGUACAUGCGACAGGCGUCUACGCGCGUCAAAAUGCUACGCAAGGCGCGAAAACAAAAGUUUCAGGACCAUUGCCAUGAAACACGUCAGCGCAGCCUGUCGGUUGGCAGCGAAGCUUGCUGGUAUAAUCGACAUAUACAACAACAAGCACAGCAUCAAGCACAGCAACAGCAGCAGCCAGUAAAAUUGGAACAGCCGCAACAGCAACAGCCACAGCAGCAUCAGCAAUUAGGUGACGUUAUCGAUGGCGUUCAACUACGUAAUCCGCGCAAGAAUGCCACGACUGUCUCCUCCGCCUCAACAAUUUUGGCGCCACGGCAACGCAACUCUGCUGAAUGCUGGAAGACCGCAUUGAAUCGCAACGACUUGAUGAGCAUUAUACGGGAGAGCAUGGAGAAGAAUCGUUUGUGUUUUCAGAUGAGCGGGUAAGCGCUGGGU